CUCAUAUUAUCCUACAGAACCACAACAAUCUCAAAAUUCAACAUCCAAUUCGAAGAACAUCACGAAUAGCGAUACCUUAAUCAAAGAAUACCUGACCCACAAUAAAAAUGCAACACUACGAGAGCAUUUGGCGUAAGCGGUAUCUAUUGCCCUGCUGGAUCUUCCAAAUACUGGGUUCCAUUGUCUUCGUUGUGAUAGCGUCUCUCCUUCUGGUCGCGGCGGAAUACGUGAGGGAACAUCAACGCUCUGACUCGGCCGGCUUCCAGUAUUCCUACUGGGGGUACAACUCUUCCGAACUGAUCGAUUACGCGCGAAUCACGGGGGCCGUGGUACUGGCACUCAGCGUCGGCACUAUUCUUUUCGACAUUAUCGAGAUCAUCUUGUAUGCCCGACGCAGGCUGAAUCCUAUCGUGUUGCUCUCGUUCGCAUGCAUCACAACACUGGUCUGGGGCGCUUAUUUCGUCAUUGCUCUCAUGGGCGCGGCUGCGGGCUCUCCAAGUAUACUGGAUAUAUUAAUAAGUCUGGUCCUUAUGGCGACGAGUAUGGCACAGCUUAUCAUCGGCGCGGUUUUCACGCAUCGGGUGCGUAAGGGCUUGUUUCUUUUCAAGUACAAUCCCAACAUUAAAUGCACAAAUGUAUGUGUAAAUCCUGGUUAUGGGUGUUGGUGUAUACACCUCGGCGCCAUAAAUGACUCCAGACUGUGACGUGUCGGUCAGCCAGCCACAUGGUGAUCUGUCUGGAUAUUGCGGUAUGAUGAUUGUUACCCUUGGUAGGGACCGACUAGUCCACGGACCGAGUUAUACAAUUGUCUCAGAUGCCAAGACUCUAGACUUGACUUGUUUCAACGUCUCCGCUGCGGCUGAAGAACGUUGAAGCUUGAAAGUACUACAUAGUAAAUAGUCCCAUGUAGUAUCAUCCGAUUGCACACAAUGCCACACAUCCCCAACUUGAUUCAGGCAGCGCUAAUUGCUACUAUGCGUGUAACAACGUUGAACGUUGAACCAAUAAGUUGUGUGUGGGCGGCCUCUUGGAAUUGUCAUUUUUUGAUGCAGUUAUGUACUGCCACUUCCAAGUUAUCCUACAUGAUGUAUGUAAAUAUCAGAUAAUCGGUUAAUUCGUGCCGGUUAGGUGUAGUAAAAAACGACUAAUACUAGGCAGGUAUCCA